UAAGUUGUUAUAUACUUACACUAUUAUUAUGUAUACUUAAUAAUUGACCAGAUAAUUUCAUAUUAUACAAGUGUGACUUUUUUUAACAAUUGAAAAAAUAAAAAAAAAUUAAACAAAUGCAGUAGCUACAUAUAUGAGUUUCAUUUGUCAUUUAGUUUUUCUUUUUUUUUUUUUUUUGUAAAAUAUUUUUUCAAUAAAUACGAAAAGGAUAUUAUUUAUUUACAAUGUUUUUAAUGAGAUUGAGUUUACGCAAUUUGUUAAUAAUACAAAGUAAAAAAUUACAUAUAAAUGUUAAACCAUAUGACAAGUCAAGUUGUGGUGGUGGUGUUGUUGGUGAUGAUAAAACAACUACCUAUCCAAUAGUUGAUCAUUGCUAUGAUGCAGUUAUAUUGGGAGCUGGUGGUGCUGGAUUAAGAGCAGCAUUUGGUCUUGGUAGCAAAGGUUACAGAGUUGCUGUUGUCACAAAAUUAUUUCCAACAAGAUCACACACUGUUGCUGCUCAGGGUGGUAUUAAUGCUGCAAUUGGUAAUUCAGAACCAGAUAAUUGGCUAUAUCACAUGUAUGACACUGUUAAAGGUUCUGAUUGGCUUGGUGAUCAGGAUGCCAUACAUUAUUUAACCAGAGAAGCUCCAAAAGCUGUUUAUGAAUUGGAAAAUUAUGGUUGUCCAUUUAGUAGAACAGAUGAUGGAAAAAUAUAUCAAAGAGCAUUUGGUGGUCAAUCAUUGCAAUUUGGUAAAGGAGGACAGGCUCACAGAACUUGUGCUGUAUCUGAUAGAACUGGACAUGCUUUGCUUCAUACACUUUAUGGUCAAAGUCUUCGUUAUAAUGUCAGUUAUUUUGUUGAAUAUUUUGGUCUUGAUUUAUUGAUGCAAGGAAGUCAAUGUCGUGGUAUACUAGCUUGGGAACUUGAAACUGGAUUAAUGCAUCGUUUUCGAGCACAUCAUACAAUAAUAGCAACUGGUGGUGCAGGUAGAUGUUUUUUUUCUUGUACUGGUGCUCAUUCAUGUACUGGUGAUGGUGCUGGAAUUAUUUCAAGAGCUGGUUUACCAUUACAAGACAUGGAAUUUAUACAAUUUCAUCCAACUGGAAUUUAUGGAAGUGGAGUUUUAAUAACUGAAGGUAGUAGAGGUGAAGGUGGUCGACUUAUUAAUUCAAAAGGUGAAUUUUUUAUGGAUAAAUAUGCACCAAAUGCUAAAGAUCUUGCAUCAAGAGAUGUUGUUUCUCGAGCAAUAACACUUGAAAUAUUAGAAGGAAGAGGUGUUGGAGAAAAAAAAGAUCACAUGUAUCUUCAACUUAAUCACUUACCAGCAUCAACAAUAAGAUCAAAAUUACCAGGUAUUUCACAUUUAGCAUGGGUAUUUGCUGGUGUUAAUUGUGAAAAAGAAGCUAUACCAAUAAUACCAACAGUUCAUUAUAACAUGGGUGGAAUACCAACAAAUUGGCGUGGUCAAGUUUUAACACGAAAAAAUGAAAAUGACAUUAUUGUUGAAGGUUUAUGGGCAGCUGGUGAGGCUGCAUGUUCAUCAGUUCAUGGAGCAAAUCGUCUUGGUGCAAAUAGUCUUUUGGAAAUUGUUGUUUUUGGUCGAGCAAUUGCUGAAAAUAUUGGAUCAAUGUUAAAACAUAAUGAACGACAUGCUGAUAUUUCUCCAGAUUUAGGACAAGAUUCAAUUCAACGUUUUGAUGCAACUCGUUAUGCAAGAGGAUCUACGACAGUUGCUGAUUUAAAAGAAAAUAUGCAAAGAACAAUGCAAAAAUUUUGUGGAGUUUUUAGAACAUGUGCUAUUUUACAACGAGGCUGUAGAGAGAUGACUAGACUAUACACUUGUCAAUUACCUGAAAUAAAAGUACGUGAUAAUUCCUUGAUUUGGAAUACUGAAUUGGUUGAAGCCUUGGAACUUCAAAAUAUGAUGCUUCAUAAUAUGCACACAGUUUAUGCUGCUGAAAAUCGUAAAGAAUCUCGUGGUGCCCAUGCUCGAGAUGAUUUUCCAGAACGUAUUGAUGAAUUUGAUUAUAAAAAACCACUGAAAAAUCAAGAAAAAAAGUCACUCAAUGAACACUGGAGAAAACACACAUUGACUUGGGCACUGGAAAAUGGCUCAAUAUGCAUAUCCUAUCGGCCAGUUAUUGAUACGACCCUCAACGAAUCAGAAGCAAAGCAUGUGCCCCCAGCAAUUCGUGCCUACUAAUUAACUACCAAGUCAAAGAGUCAAUUAGCAUAAAUUAUAUAUUAUGAUUUAUCAAACACUGACCCUUGAUCCAUCAAUUGAAUUAAAUCCAAAUCAAAUCAAUCAACAUACUGAUAAAUAUUUUGACAAGUGUUGAUUGAUGUUAAUCAAGUGUUGAAUAAUCUGUCCAGCAUCAUCAA